AUGGCCUCUGCUCGCUCUCUGAUGCGGCUGGGGACCGGCCGUUCCCUGGCCUCGGCCGCGCGGUCUUCCGGAGCCUGCCGUGCUUUCUCGUCGACCCCUCUGCAAGCUGCUGUGAAGGAGGCCACCGCGACGGAUGUUCCCAACAUGCGCCAGGCCCAGCGUCCUCCCCAGGGCCCUCUCCGCGCUCCCGUCAUCAACCAAGCCGACAAGUACCAGGACAAGGCCGAGAGCCUGCACCAAUACGGCCAGUAUGUCAUGUCGUGCUUGCCCAAGCAUGUCCAGCAGUUCUCGGUGUGGAAGGAUGAGCUGGCCCUUCACAUUGCCCCCGGCAGCGUGUUGCCCGUGAUGAGCUUCCUGAAGAACCACACCGCCGCCGAAUUCACCCAGGUCUCCGACAUCACGGCAGUCGACUACCCGACCAAGGACCAGCGUUUCGAGGUCGUCUACAACCUGCUCAGCGUCCGCUACAACUCCCGCAUCCGGGUGAAGACCUACGCCGACGAGGCCAGCCCCGUGCCCAGUAUCACCGGUCUGUUCGAGGGCGCUCUCUGGUACGAGCGUGAGGUGUACGACAUGUUCGGUGUUUUCUUCGCCGGCCACCCCGAUCUGCGCCGUAUCAUGACGGAUUACGGAUUCGACGGACACCCGCUGCGCAAGGACUUCCCCUUGACCGGAUACACGGAACUGCGGUACGACGAGGAGAAGAAACGCAUUGUCAUCGAGCCCCUCGAGUUGACGCAAGCCUUCCGGAACUUCGAGGGUGGUAGCGCUGCGUGGGAGCCCGUUGGCUCGGGCAAGGACAAGACUCCUGAAUCGUUCAAGCUCCCUACCCCCAAGCCCGAGGAGAAGGAGGAGGAAAAGAAAUAG